CGUAUAAACAAGUCAAUAGUUAGUCCAAACUCUGUGAUUCUGAUCAGACCAUGAUGACUCCAUGAGUUCUACUACUACUGAGCUAAGAAACAUUCUCCGUUUGAUGAAAGCUAGCCGGGGAUGGCCACGUCAGCGUCAUCACUUCCGGUGGGUUUCCGGUUCCACCCGACAGAGGAGGAGCUGGUCGAUCACUACCUCAAGAACAAGAUCAAAGGUCGCAACUUUAACGACGUCAUCCCGGAAAUAGACAUCUGCAGCUGCGAGCCUUGGGAUUUGCCCGGGUUUUCAUUGAUAGGGUCGGAUGAUGAUGAGUGGUUCUACUUCAGUAGGCCGGAUUACAAGACAAAAGGGAAUAGUCGGAACCGGGCAACUGAGAAAGGGUUUUGGAAGAUUACUGGGGUAGAGCGUGAGAUCAGAGCUCGGCGGUCUAAGGCUUUGAUCGGGAAGAAGAGGACCUUGACUUUCUAUAUUGGCAAAGUCAGGAGUGGGCAGAAGACCGUUUGGGUGAUCCAUGAAUAUUACAUACCUGAAACCCUGCUUCCUAAUGCUGCUAGGCAGAGGGACUUUGUUCUCUGUCGCUUGAAGAAAAAAGAUGAGGGUACUGACAAUGGAGCCUGCACUGGAGGUGAAGUUUGUGAACCCAGCACUAACAACGCAUUUGAUUUUCAGAAUCUCAUCAUGACAGAUUUUGGUAGGCCGAGUAUUCCAGAGGAGAAUACACGGCCAGAAGACAUUUUUGCUACACUCUUCUCCGCUCAAGAGUCACCUCAAUCACCUGAUUAUUUUACCUCCAAUCUGAGAGACAUCUUUCUGCAUGCAAAUGCCGGUAGUGAUGACGACCUUGAGCUGCAAUCUGCAUUCGGACAUGAUGAUUUGGAGGAUGGUGAUUACUCCUUGGAAGAUAGAUCACGCACUACUCUCUUCAACCACUCAAGCGAGCCAAAGUCGUUGCAUAAGGUGUACGAAGAGAGUAUACAUCAACAGGGCCAGUCCAUACGAGAUACUAAUGCAGUGCUUCUUAAAAGUUCCCAAAAUGAAAGUGGGGGCAGGAAACUUCAGAUGGUUACAACUGGUGGAGGACAAGAGCAAUCAGAAACAAAACUUCCAAAUCGAUCAUAUGACUACAGUACUCACAGUAAGGUAAAGAAUGAAGUUGCAGAGUCAUCUCGAGGUCAUGUAAAACAAGGAUUCAAACCACAGGAAGUUGGGUACACAAGCAAGGCGCGUGAGAAGCCUAAGGAGCCUGAGAAGCCUAAGUUGCCUGAGAAGCCACAGCCGAAACCAGCUGGGAUAACCCUCGGCGACUGGAAGAGUUCGUUCAUUGUCUGGAAGGAAUCCCCAUUAAGCCUUAGAUCAUAUCCUCCAGUAGUAUACGCAUGGAACAUGAUAUUUAGCCUCCUAUUGUUCAUAUUUUUUGUUGAGGAACUAAUUUCAUAUGGGAAGUGGUAGAAAAUAGUUGAUGAUAGAUUGUUCUGUCACACGUUUAGAUAUUCCAGUCUUACAGGACUAAUUUUUGAUCAAAUUACGUCCUUACGAAUUCUUAUGGGGGAUUAAAGACCUUUUUUCCGGGAUUAGUUGAAUAUUUUGUAUGUACUA